AUGACACAGAAUGACACGGCCCGAGCCACACCAGCAAGAGAACAGGCCAGGGAUGGCGCAGCCAGCCCCACACCAGCAAAGGGGUGCAUAACCAGUGACACUUCGGCAAAGGAGCAGGCGGGAGACAACACAGUCGCCAAGGACACAACCAGCGACAUUUCAGCAAAGGACCGGGUGGGAGACAACACAGCCACCAAGGACACAACCAGUGACAUUUCAGCAAAGGAGCAGGCGGGAGACAACACAGUCGCCAAGGACACAACCAGCGACGCGUCGGCAAAGGACCGGGCGGGAGACAACACAGCCACCAAGGACACAACCAGUGACAUUUCAGCAAAGGAGCAGGCGGGAGGAGACAACACAGCCGCCAAGGACACAACCAGCGACGUGUCGGCAAAGGAGCGGGCGGGAGACAACACAGCCGCCAAGGACACAACCAGCGACGCAUCGGCAAAGGAGCGGGCGGGAGACAACACAGCCGCCAAGGACACAACCAGCGACGUGUCGGCAAAGGAGCAGGCCGGAGACAACACAGCCGCCAAGGACACAACCAGCGAUGCGUCGGCAAAGGAGCGGGCGGGAGACAACACAGCCGAUGAGGACACAACCAGCGACACUUUGGCAAAGGAGCGGGCGGGAGACAACACAGCCGCCAAGGACACAACCAGCGACACUUUGGCAAAGGAGCGGGCGGGAGACAACACAGCCGACGAGGACACAACCAGCAACACUUUGGCAAAGGAGCGGGCAGGAGACAACACAGCCGCCAAGGACACAACCAGCGACGCGUCGGCAAAGGAGCGGGCAGGAGACAACACAGCCGCCAAGGACACAACCAGCGACGUGUCAGCAAAGGAGCGGUCAGGAGACAACACAGCGGACAAGGGCACAACCAGCAACACUUCGGCAAAGGAGCGGGCGGGAGACAACACAGCCGACGAGGACACAACCAGCGACACUCUGGCAAAGGAGCGGGCAGGAGACAACACAGCCGCCAAGGACACAACCAGCGACACUUCAGCAAAGGAGCGGACGGGAGACAACACAGCCGACGAGAACACAACCAGCGAAGCGCUGGCAAAGGAGCGGGCGAGAGACAACGCAGCCGACAAGGACACAACCAGUGAUGUGUCGGCAAAGGAGCGGGCGGGAGACAACACAGCCGCCAAGGACACAACCAGCGACGCGUCGGCAAAGGAGCGGGCGGGAGACAACGCAGCCGACGAGGACACAACCAGUGACGUGUCGGCAAAGGAGUGGGCGGGAGACAAUACAGCCGAUGAGAACACAACCAGCGACGCGCUGGCAAAGGAGCGGGCGGGAGACAACACAGCCGACGAGAACACAACCAGCGACGUGUUGGCAAAGGAGCAGGCGGGAGACAAGGCAGCGGACGAGGACACAACCAGCGACGCGUCGGCAAAGGAGCGGGCGGGAGACAACACAGCCAACGAGGACAUAACCAGCGACACUUUGGCAAAGGAGCGGGCAGGAGACAACACAGCCGCCAAGGACACAACCAGCGACGCGUCGGCAAAGGAGCGGGCUGGAGACAACGCAGUCGACGAGGACACAACCAGCAACGUUUUGGCAAAGGAGCGGGCAGGAGACAACACAGCCGCCAAGGACACAACCAGGGACGUGUCGGCAAAGGAGUGGGCGGGAGACAACACAGCCGCCAAGGACACAACCAGCGACGCGUAGGCAAAGGAACGGGCGGGAGACAACACAGCCGCCAAGGACACAACCAGCGACACUUCAGCAAAGGAGCGAGCGGGAGACAACACAGCCACCAAGGACACAACCAGCGACGCGCUGGCAAAGGAGCGGGCGGGAGACAACACAGCCGCCAAGGACACAACCAGCGACGCGCUGGCAAAGGAGCGGGUGGGAGACAACACAGCCACCAAGGACACAACCAGCGACGCGUUGGCAAAGGAGCGGGCGGGAAACAACACAGCCGCCAAGGACACAACCAGCGACACUUCAGCAAAGGAGCGAGCGGGAGACAACACAGCCGCCAAGGACACAACCAGCGACGUGCUGGCAAAGGAGCGGGCGGGAGACAACACAGCCGCCAAGGACACAACCAGCGA